AUGGCCACACAACUCGUCCAGCUCCCUGAAGUGGAGCGACUCAGCGCCUCGGUAAUUCGAAUCCUAGGUGGCAACCCGGGAAAGUUCACACUCCAAGGAACAAACACGUACCUCCUAGGCCACGGCCCUCAAAGAAUCUUAAUCGACACGGGCGAAGGCAAACCAAGCUGGGCCGCAACCCUGCAAAACCUCCUAACAACAGAAAAAGCCACAAUUACCCAAACCCUCCUAACACACUGGCAUCACGACCACGUAAACGGCCUCCCAGACCUACAAAAGAUCUGCCCAAAUACACAAAUCUUCAAAAAUGACCCUGACACCGACCAAAAUGAUAUUACCGACGGCCAGGUCUUCUCUGUUGAAGGUAUUACCCUGAGGGCGAUUCAUACGCCGGGCCACACGACUGACCAUAUGGUUUUCUUGUUUGAGGAGGAGGGGGCUAUGUUUACUGGUGAUAACGUCCUUGGCCACGGCACAGCCGUCUUCCAGGAUCUCAAAACUUACCUAUCAAGUCUACACCGCAUGCGCGAGCGCGUCUCUACAGGACGUGGGUAUCCAGGACAUGGAGCUAUCCUUGAAAAUACCGGUUCGCGUAUUGGAGAGUAUAUCAAGCAUCGGCAACAGCGGGAAGAUGAGGUAUUGCGUGUGUUACGGUAUGGCAAACUUGAUGUUUCGGAUGGAGAGAGUGGGAGUGGGGGUGAGGGUGAGAAUGAUUGGAAGAAGGCCUGGACGCCAAUUGAGCUUGUGAAGGUUAUUUACCGGGAUGUUCCUGAGAGUUUGCACUUGCCUGCAUCUGGGGGCGUGUUGCAGGUUCUUGGGAAGUUAGAGGGGGAGGGGAGAGUUGUUGAUGAUGGGAAUGGGGGUUGGAGGUUGAGUGAGAGGUCUGCUUUGUAG